AUGGCAUGUGCACAAUCGUCGAUCCUGUUUGUGCUUUCAUUAAAUCAAGACCUAGAAUCUAUCUAUCUAUCUAUCUCUCUAUCUAUCUAUCUCUCUAUCUAUCUAUCUAUCUCAUUCCCUAAAUCUAUCUAUCUAUCUAUCUAUCUAUCUAUCUAUCUAUCUAUCUAUCUCAUUCAACCAAUAUAUUUAUCUCUAUCAUUCAAUCAAUCUAUUUAUAUCAUUCAAUCAAUUUAUUAUAUAUAUAUAUAUAUAUAUAUAUAUAUAUAUAUAUAUAUGCAAUCUAUGUAUAUCAUUCACUCAAUCUAUCUAUCGAAUAAAUAUAAUUCAAUAAAUUUUGAUACAAUCUAUGUAUAUCAUUCACUCAAUCUAUCUAAUAAAUAUCAUUCAAUUAAUCUAUAUUGUUCACUAAAUCUAUGUAUAUCAUUCAAUAAAUCUAUCUUUCGAUCUAUCUAUUUAUCUAUUUUAUUCAAUCAAUCUAUCUAUAUUCUGUCUCUCUAUAUCAUUCAAUUAAUCUAUUUAUUUAUAUCAGUCACUCAAUUUUUCUAUCUAUCUAUCUAUCUAUCUAUCUAUCUAUCUAUCUAUCUAUCUAUCUCAUUCAAUCAAUCAAUCUAUCUAAAUCAAUCAAUCAAUCAAUAUAUAUAUAUAUAUAUAUAUAUAUUUUUUAUUCGAUCGGUUAUCCUGAUCACUUUUUCUUAUUUGUUUCUUUUCUUAUUCGACACUUCGUUAGACAAUCUAUGGCAUUACUUUCUUUUUUUCUUUUUUCCUUGUUUUUUGUUUUGUUUUUGUUUCCUCAUUUCAUUUUAUGUUAUUCAUUUCUUUCUUUCUAUCUCUAUUUCUAUCUAUCUAUCUAUCUAUCUAUCUAUCUAUCUAUUUAUUUCGGGCUUAUAUACUUUUCGACAUUUUUCAUUUUUUUUUAUUUUCUUUUUUUUUUCUUUCUUUUUUCUUUUUUUCUUUCUUUCUUUCUUUCUUUUCUUACGUUCUUUUUUUAAUUCGUCUUUCUUUCUUUUCUUUUUCUUUUUUCUUUCUUUUUCUUUCUUCCUUUUCUCCUCUUUUUUACUUUCUUUUAAUUCCGUCCUUCUUUCUUUCUUUCUUUUCUUUUUUUUUUUUUCUUUCUUUUUUUUCUUCCUUUUUUCUCCUCUUUUUCUUUUUCUUUUUAAUUCCGUCCUUCUUUCUUUCUUUUUUUUUUUUUUCUUUCUUUCUUUCUUCCUUUUUCUCUUUUACUUUCUUUUAAUUCCGUCCUUCUUUUCUUUUCUUUCUUUCUUUUCUUUUUUCUUUCUUUCUUUUUCUUUUCUCCUCUUUUCUUACUUUCUUUUUUUUCCGUCUUUCUUUCUUUCUUUCUUUCUUUCUUUUCUCCUCUUUUCUUACUUUCUUUUAAUUCCGUCCUUCUUUCUUUCUUUCUUUCUUUUCUUUCUUUCUUUCUUUCUUUCUUUCUUAAUUUCUUUUUUCUCCUCUUUUUACUUUCUUUUUAAUUCCCAUAUCGUAUUCCUCUUUCUUUCUUUCUUUCUUUCUUUGUCUCUAAUUUCUUUAGUAUUUAUCCUGUAUUCUUUUUCGCUUUAUCAUAUCUCUGUUUCCUUUCAAUUAAAUAUUCUUUCUUUCUUUCCUCAUUCUUUUAAACUAUACCCACAUUCUUCAUUUCUUCUUUUAUAUCAUCUUUCUUUCUUUCUUUCUUUCUUUCUUUCUUUUUUCUUUUUUUUUUCUUUCUUUCUUUCUUUCUUUCUUUUUUCCUUCUUUCUUUCUUUCUUUCCUUUUUUCUUUCUUUCUUUCUUCUUUCUUUCUUUUUUCUUUCUUUCUUCUUUAUUUCUUUUUUCUUUCUUUCUUUCUUUCGUUCGUUCUUUCUUUCUUUCUUUCUUUCUUUCUUUCUUUCUUUCCUUCUUUCGUUCUUUCCUACUUUCUCGCUCAUUUAUUUACUUAUUAUUUAUUUAUCAUGUAUUCUUUCUCCCUUGUAUUUUUUGUUUAUUUUUUAUUUAUUAUUUCUUCUUUCAUUUUUCUUUCACACUUUUUUCACUGCUUCUUUUAUGCCAUGAUUCCUUUUCUCUUUCUUUCUUUCUUUUUUACUAUUUCUUUCUCUCGUUCUUUCUUUCUUUCGAUCAUUCUUUCUUUCUCCCUCAUUUAUGUACUUAUUAUUUAUUUAUCAUAUAUUCACCCCCACCUCCUUAUCAUUUCUUUGUUUAUUUUCGAUGUAUUAUUCCUUCUUUCUUUGGUUCUUCUUUCAAGCCAUCUACAUUUUCUUCAUGUCUUCCUUUAUAUCUUAUUUCUUUCUCAUUUUCUUUCGUUCCUUCAAUUCCUUCAAUUCCUUCAUUAUUCUGUCAUUCCCUCUUUCCCACUUUCUUCCUACUUUCUCUCGCCCUUUUCGCCGAUUCGUCGCAAGUCAAUAUUUGGCAGAAGCAUCUUUGUCUAUUUUUAUUACGGGCAGCAUUUUCUUCUUGA